UGUGUGUGUGUGUGUGUGUGUGUGUGUGUGAGCGCAGUGCGCACGGUGAGAGGGCUCGACGCACCGCCGCCGCAUCACGCGAGCGGACGAUCGAGGAGAAAGAGACGACAGUGUGGUGGCGAAGCCGUUAAAACACGGAUCUGUCCUUUAAUUCCACUGCAGCAGGAUCACGCCGCGUGCUCGAUCCACGGCGCAUUAUUGUAACUAUAGCGCCGAGCAGAUUACAGCGCAGAUAACCAGAUAACGGCAUUAAAGCCGCGGGCUGGAGGACGCGUCGUGCUUCUGAUGGGACUGAAUUAUGUUGGAGAUGAAACAUGAGAGAUGACCAUCCUGUCAGCGUGAGCCUGCUGAGCCAACGUGCACGGGGUCACAACAGCCGGUGAGGUGAGGAGGUGAUCCAGGCAGCUGUCGCUUCUGGUGUCAAGCGCCUGGUCCCGCUGGAUGUUUUCUCGCUCCGGGGAUGGUGUCAGAUGGCAAGGCCCAUCCUCUUUCUGCGACUGUGUCAGUGACUAGGCGGCCACACAAAUGCUGAGAGAUCUCAGCUCCUCCUGAAAAUAAAACCCUUUCCCAUCUGCGCACCGUGGGAUAAAGUGCCACUGUGGUGCUGGUGCUGCAUUUAUGUUGCCUGAUAACUGGCCUGAAAGCAGCGCUGAGCGAUCAUCUUUCACUGUGAGCCACUCACCUUUCAUGAGGAGGCCUCAAAGCUGGCUCGCAGGGCCGGGCUGCAGAGACACUCAUGGACACUAUCACCACAACAGCACUGCGCACUGAGGACACGUGAGAAUGAAGAUCCACACAUGAAGGAAACCUGGCUUCCACACAGAGCUGGAUUAACACACAUUUACUGGCUGUUUGUGCAUUUUAAUUGCAGCCCAGUGGAGCUUUUUGCUGUUUGUGCUGCUUUAUGAGUUUGCUCUACAUCAAAGGUGUGAUUGAGGGGCAGGCAAAGCCACCAUGGCCAAGCCUCUGCUGAAGAUUCAACGCUAUUUUUGCAGGAAACCAGUGCGCUUCUUUUCCCUCAUCCUCCUCUAUCUGACAGCUGGGAGCCUUGUGUUCCUGCACUCUGGAUUUGUUGGGGACCCACGAGCCCCGGGGAGCCGAGACUCUGUGGUAGCUUCAGAGACGGGCAGACGGCCAUCGUUGGCUGACCAUCGAAAACUCAGCCUCAUGAGCAGAGUAUUUAAGGAACCGCACAGGCCUGACCGCAGAUAUGGACCUCCAUGGCUGAAAAAGACUGUGCAGGUGGGACAGGAGCCAGUAGGCAGAGGAGGUGACUACUCCACCAACUGGAACCGUGCACUGAAGGGACGCAAUGCCAAAGACACAGAGGAUGGAAGAGCAAAAUAUAUUGGCUGCUACAUUGAUGACACACAGAAAAGAGCACUGAGAGGAGUUUCAUUUUUUGACUACAAAAAAAUGACAGUUUUUCGUUGCCAGGACAACUGUGCAGAAAGAGGUUACUUGUAGGCAGGCCUGAGUGGAGCAGAGUGUUACUGUGGUCACAAGAUCCAGGCCCCAAAUGCAUCAGACAGUGAAUGCAACAUGGAGUGUAAGGGUGAGAAAAGCAACCUGUGUGGAGGAGCCAACCGACUGUCCAUCUACAGGCUGGAGCUGAGCCAUGAGUACUGCCGUCGCUACGGUAGCGCCAUUUUCAAGGGCUGCUUUCACAGACCUGACAAUGUCACCUUGGCACUGCCUUGCAGUGCACUCAUCCAAAACAUGUCUGUGGACAAGUGUGUUGACAUGUGUACGGAGAGGGAGAAAUCGCUGGCUGUCUUGGCUGGAAAUCGAUGUUAUUGCGGGUUCCCAACUCCUCUUUUCUCCCUUCAUGAGCUGGAGGAUGAAAGCAUGUGUCUGUACCACUGCCAGGGCGAGGAGUUUGAGAGCUGUGGAAACGAGGAGUACUUUGUGGUGUACCAGACUCAGGUUCAAGAUAACCGCUGUAUGGACCGGCACUUCCUUCCUGCUCGCUCCAAGAAGUUGGUGGCCCUCGCUAGCUUUCCCGGAGCUGGUAACACUUGGGCUCGACACCUCAUAGAGCUCGCUACUGGCUUCUACACCGGCAGCUACUACUUUGAUGGCUCACUAUACAAUAAAGGAUUUAAAGGUGAACGCGACCACUGGCGGAGUGGUAGGACGAUCUGCAUUAAGACACAUGAAAGUGGCAAGAAGGAGAUUGAAGCCUUUGACUCCAGCAUCCUCAUGAUCCGAAAUCCCUACAAAGCUCUCAUGGCAGAAUUCAAUCGCAAAUAUGGUGGUCAUAUUGGGUUUGCUUCUCAGACCCACUGGAAAGGAAAAGAGUGGCCCGAGUUUGUCAAGAACUACGCCCCGUGGUGGGCAUCCCACACAUUAGACUGGCUGCAUUAUGGGAAGAACAUUCAUGUGGUUCACUUUGAGGAUCUCAAGAGGGACCUGUUCUCCCAGCUCAAAGGGAUGGUCCAGUUUUUGGGCUUAGAAGUGUCUGAGGACCGCUUGCUGUGUGUGGAGGGCCAGAAGGACGGCAACUUCAAACGAUCAGGACUACGUAAGCUUGAAUAUGACCCUUACACUCCUGAAAUGCAAGCGAGCAUCAAUGAACUGAUCAGGACAGUCGAUGCCGCCUUGAGGAAAAGAAACAUGUCUGGAGUUCCAGAUGACUAUAUGCCAAGAUGAUGCUUGUGAUCACUUUUUUGUUGUUGUUGUUGGUUUGUUUUAUUAGACAUCCCCAUGUUCUGGCUCUGCACCAUAUGUUGUAGAAUUGAGACACUUAGACAUUUUUUAUUUAUCUUUCUGUGUAGUCUCUUAGGUUGAAGCGAUAUGUUGUAUGAAUUUGAGUCUCCUUAUCCCCCCAGCUUUGCUUUUUCUUAAGUUUCUCUUUUUUUUUUUGUCUGCUCAGAAAGCAAUGGCUUCAUGCAAUUUUAGCAGAAGCAGCUGUAACAGAGGAGGGUUUUGUUUUUUGUUUCUGUUUUUUUUUUUUCUUUUUGGUUGAAAAUAUUAAAGAGAAGCUCUUCUUAUCUUAUCCUGCUCUAUGCAUAUGUGCUGCAGAGGCAUGUCUACAUGCCUUAACAUACCGUAUAUCAUACAAAAGCUGUGGCUGCUGACACGCACGUCUGCCUCUGCUGAGUGAUUCAUCACAAGUAGAAAAACAACUAAUCAAAAAAAAAGUAUAAUCCAAUACUGUAAAGUCUGGUCUCAGAGCAAAGUUUGUGCAAAAUUAUGGGAAGUCCCAACAUCACAAACAUCAUGCUGCUACCAUAGUUACUAAACAAUAUGCUUUUACACACAAAGUUCACUCAAGUUAUCCUUCAUUUCAGCUUAUUUACUGUAAACUAAAUCACAUUUCACUGAUGAUGAGGUAAAGACUAAUGAACUUAUAUAAAAAUGUGAAAUCAGUCUUAAAGGCACUGACAUGAUCAGAAAAGAGGAUUGGAGCACCUGUUGACUAAUUCCUUAUUUACUUUUCUUGAGUUGUCUAAAUGCAGAAGUCCAAAAAUAAGCAUUUUACUGUGCAAUGUGCCUCACUGAUCACUGAAGGGUCAUCAGGCAAAUUAUCAUUAUGUUCAUAUGGUGCACUGUGUGUGUGUGUGUGUGUGUGUGUGUGUGUGUGUGUGUGUGUGUGUGUGUGUGUGUGUGUGUGUGUGUGUGUGUGUGUGUGUGUGUGUGUGUGUGCGUGUGCAUGUGCGUGUGUGAUUUGUCAGUUUGGUUCGAGCUGUUGGCCUCACUGAAAGCGUAAUGAAACAGAGGUUACUGUCACAAGUGGUGAUCAUUCUUGAUUUCUUCUGAAUGUGAUGCAACUUGAUAUCUCUAAAAAUUCUGCAGUCCAUAAAUGUGUGAAAUCAUUUGCGCUGACUUUAUACUGUAAAUAACACGUCUUAUUGCAGUCUUCAAAGUGUGAUGCUAACAUGUUAGCAAACACC